UUUUCCUAAUAUCUGAGCUAAUAUCUGAGAGCCAAUACGAAGGACAUUCUUGAGAUUGUUUUCACCAAUACAUCAUACUCAUUGCUUUCGUUGACGGGAAGAUGCAUCCAAAUCGUGGUCAUUUUAGUUUUCAAGUGCGGCGCAAUCACGUAGUUCAGCAGCAACUAAAUGCGAAGGAUCAAAGCCGUAGCUUCUCUCUUAAUGCGGUGCCCCCCCCUAGUUCGUUAAGCGGGAGACCAGUUAAUGCACCUCUACCUAAGCCAUGUAAUUAUAGUUCUGGAAUUUCAAAGCACGGUUAUCAUACUAUGGAAUCUUUACAUCAGCAUUCCAACGCUUCUCAAUAUUCAAUUGUUAAACGCCGGGGCAGAACGGAAGACGAAUAUUUUGACGAAGACGACGAACCUGCCACUCAACAGCUAGAAUAUAUUCCCGCUCCUGGAAGCCCAACAGCCGCUGAUGUAAGUUCACGCAUCUUCCCUCGUUCGAAACCAUACGAAAUCCCAAAAAAUAUAUCCGAUGAAGAAGAUGAAGAAGAUCCUUUGGAUGCAUUUAUGGCUGGUAUUGAAGCGCAGGUUAAAAUGGAAAAAAAUAAAAUUCCUCAACCUCAUCUGGAACCGAAAAAAGGUACACGAGGAGAUAUUGACGAUGAAGAUGACGAAGAAAGUUAUUAUCGAUACAUGCAAGAAAAUCCUCACGCUGGCUUAAUAGACGAAGGAUCUGAUGCAGAAAUGGAUUAUGAUGAAGAUGGCAAUCCAGUUCCUCCACAACGACGACGGGAUAUUGACCCGUUGCCAUCAAUUGAUCAUACAGAGAUUGACUAUCUGAAGUUUGAAAAAAAUUUUUACAUCCCUCACGAAGACAUUGUCAAUUUGUCCCAAGCAAAAGUACAGGACUUGCGUCUAACACUCGGUGUAAAAGUAAGCGGCCCAAUGCCACCGCAUCCUGUCACCAGUUUUGCUCACUUCGGAUUUGAUGAAUCGUUGAUGAAAUCCAUUCGGAAAUCAGAGUUCAGUACACCUACACCAAUACAGGCUCAAGCGAUUCCAGCUGCUUUGAGUGGAAGAGACAUAAUUGGUAUAGCCAAAACUGGAAGUGGUAAAACUGCCGCUUUUCUUUGGCCGAUGCUGGUGCACAUAAUGGACCAACGUGAGUUAGGUCCCGGUGAUGGGCCUAUUGGAUUGAUUCUAGCACCGACCCGAGAAUUGUCACUUCAAAUUUACAACGAAGCUAAGAAGUUUGGCAAGGUAUAUAACAUAAGCAUUUGUUGUUGUUAUGGAGGGGGUUCUAAAUGGGAACAAAGUAAGGCGCUCGAACAAGGGGCGGAAAUAGUAGUUGCUACGCCUGGUCGUAUGAUAGAUAUGGUAAAAAUUAAAGCUACCAAUCUCCAAAGAGUGACAUACUUGGUUUUGGACGAAGCGGACAAAAUGUUCAACAUGGGAUUUGAGCCUCAAGUUCGUUCGAUCUGCAACCAUAUUCGACCUGAUCGGCAGACACUUUUAUUCAGUGCUACUUUCAAAAAACGUGUGGAAAAACUUGCACGCGAUGUGUUAACCGAUCCCAUUCGCAUAAUUCACGGUGACUUGGGGGAAGCAAAUUCUGAUGUAACGCAACGUAUUAUUCUUUUACCAACUAUACAAAGCAAGUGGAACUGGUUGUUAACGAACCUGGUAAAAAUGCUUUCUGAGGGAAGUGUAUUGAUAUUUGUAACUAAAAAAGCUGAUGCAGAAGAAACCGCAAAUAAUCUGCGGUUGAAGGAUAAUGAUGUCGUCUUACUUCAUGGAGAUAUGGACCAAUCAGAACGAAAUUUUGUUAUCACCAGAUUUAAACGGAAAGAUGUCGAUAUCAUGGUAGCCACGGAUGUGGCAGCUCGAGGGUUAGAUAUUCCACACAUUCGAACAGUAGUCAAUUACGAUACUGCUCGUGAUAUCGAUACUCACACACACCGUAUUGGCCGCACUGGACGCGCCGGUGAGAAAGGUACGGCGUAUACUCUAAUUACCGACAAAGACAAAGAAUUUUCUGGGCAUCUGGUACGCAAUCUUGAAGGAGCAAACCAAGAUGUGCCGGAAGAUUUGAUGAAACUGGCAAUGCAAAGUUCAUGGUUUCGGAACAGCCGUUUUAAACACGCAAACAAAGGAAAGAAUUUAAAUGUAGGUGGUGCAGGAUUAGGGUUCCGCCAACGGGCAAUUCAGCGUGGUCCAAUGGGUCGUUCACUAGAUGCUUCAAAGGUUCUUGUAGAAGACGGGGAUCCUUCAGGACCAUCGCCGGGGUCAUCGAAGGGUCCUGCUACUGAUCGUUUAUCGGCAAUGCGAGAAACUUAUCGCGCUCAUUAUAAUGCACAGUUUAAAGCAUCAAGCGAUCGAACCUGGGAAAAUACCGUUCCGGAAGGUGGUGUUUUUAUUAAACCAGCACAACCAGGGUUGGAAUCGUCGUCAAAAUCUGAUUCAAACCAUACAUCAAAACAUGAUACAAUGCCGCGAAAGAAGAAAAGCAGGUGGAAUUGAUAUGAAUAGAUGGUUUUUGAAGCAGUACAGUAAAACAAACUGAAUUUGUUCUCUGUAACAUUUUAAAUAAAUAAAAGAAGUCCAAAAUAUAGUUACGAUUGA